AGGGGCGGCGGCGGCGGGCACAAUAAUAACCUUAGCAGGCGGUGGGCAUCGUCGGCGGGCAGUGGGGCCAGGGCAGGGCAGGGCAUGGCCGGAGACAGCGAGCAGAGCUUGGCGAGCCCGCAGGAGCCGCCCGGAGGGGAGCCCUUCCUCAUCGGAGUCAGCGGGGGCACCGCCAGCGGAAAGUCUUCCGUCUGCUCCAAGAUCCUGCAGUUGCUGGGUCAGAACGAAGUGGACGACCACCACCAGCAGGUGGUCAUCCUCAGCCAGGAUAGCUUCUACCGGGUCCUCACCCCUGAGCAGAAGGCCAAAGCCUCGAAGGGCCAGUUCAACUUUGAUCACCCAGAUGCCUUCGACAACGAGCUGAUCUUCAAAACCCUCAAGGAGAUCACGGAAGGGAAGACGGUCCAGAUUCCAGUGUAUGACUUUGUGUCUCACUCCCGGUAAGAGAGACGGUUGACGGUGUACCCGGCAGACGUAGUGCUGUUUGAGGGUAUCCUGGCCUUCUACACCCAGGAGAUCCGAGACCUGUUCCAGAUGAAGCUGUUCGUGGACACCGACGCCGACACCCGGCUCUCCCGCCGAGUGUUAAGGGACAUCAGCGAGAGAGGCCGGGACCUCGAGCAAAUCCUCUCCCAGUACAUCCACUUUUUCAAGCCGGCCUUUGAGGAGUUCUGCUUGCCGACGAAGAAAUAUGCUGACGUGAUUAUCCCCAGAGGGGUAGACAACUUAGUGGCCAUCAACCUCAUCGUGCAGCACAUCCAGGACUUCCUGAACGGGGGUCUCGCCAAGCGCCAGAACCACUGUCUGAACGGCUACACGCCCUCCCACAAGAGGCAGCCGUCCGAGUCCAGUAGCCGGCCACACUGACCCCCUCCUCCCUCUCCCGCUCCCCCCCGCCCCCGACUCCUUCCCCUUCCCCCGCCCCGGAGGCCCGGUUUUUCCCACAGGUACCCCUACCGGUUCCCACGACCUUAUUGUAUCCCAAGAAGGCGUUCGAGGAGAUGAAACGCCUCGAGUCUUUAGUCCUUUGGAAGGGGCAGGGAGGAAAGGCGGAGGCAUCUUUGAGCAUGAAUUAACCAACCUGGGGCUGCCCAUGUAGCCAAUUAAAAUAUAUAUAUUAAAUAUAUAUAUAUAUAUAUAGAAAAAAAUCUAUUUUGUGUAAAUGUAGACUAAUGUAAAGCCGACGCCUCCAGUAUUUUGCCGGGAGCCGUGGAUGGGGUCCUCGGGAGAACCCCGGGGCCGGGGCGAGCCACCCGAUUUAGACAGCGAGGAGCCUCACGGCCUCGCGGGUGACGGGGUCCCUGUCCGGGCCGGCGGGGGAAGCUCUCUUUAAGGGGCAGGCGUCGGGGGAGACUGGGUUCCGGCGAGGGUCCCCCGAGGGCCGGCGCUCUCUGGCCUCCUCUCCCCCGCCGCGCUUCACAGGCUCUUGGGUGUCGUUGGGCCGGGCCCUCGUGGACGCCCCCCACGCCCCGCUCCUUCCUGCCCCCCGGGCCGGAAGGAGUUCGUGAGGUGACGUCCGUCCUGCCCCGCUGCGGUCGGGAUUCGGAUCCCGGCGGACGGACCGGGGACGGUCGGGGGUGGACCGGGCCGGGAGGCACCCUCGCGGUCGUCCGUCUCCCCCGGGGGCUCAGGCGACCCUCUGUGGCUGGCGGAGGGGAAGCGUGCGGGGGGGGCUCUGUGCCCGACGGAGGCGAGGCUCCUCUCUGCCCCUGCCCCCGUUUUUUUUUUGUAUUAGACAAGUGCCCAUCCGGGAGGACGGGCCACAUCCCCGUUGUGACAUCAUCCGUUGGCUUCUCCCGCAGGUGCAGCGAGAGGGAGGGCCGGAAGGGCCCGAGCACGGCGGGUGGGGGAGGAAGGGAGUGCUUAGCCACUGUCAUCUCCGCCCGUCUUUCGACGCCCCCAGGUGCCAAACCACAGUGCCUUGGCUGCCCACCUCCAUGCCCAGCUGGGCGGAACGCUCGCCAACCCUCCUGGCCCGGAGCCGCCGGCCAACGCGCUCUCCUCGCCCCGGGUGGGCCGGUAGACUUGAAGGGACCGUGGGGACGGCCACCCCCCGACCUUCCCUCAUCACAGACCUCCUCAGGGAUCAGCGGGCGGGUAGGGCCGGGCCGUCCGGGUGGGGGUCUUGGGGAGCACCGCCUCAGGGUGAGCCUCUUUCGGGGGACAACCUCGCUCUGCCCCUCCCCGCCAUGUAUCUUCUGCCUCGAUGACCUCCGAGGUAGGGUAGCGGGCUCCCCCCGACCCCGUUCCGCUCCCCAAAUUCAGGCCGCCGGUCUCGCCGCGUCCACACUGGGAACGCGGGACAGCCGGAGCGCUCCGGGAUCGUCGGGCCCUCUCCUGCCCGCCAGCUGAGCGUUUGCUUCCGGGGUAGGGGGGAGGCGAGCGUGUUUUCCGGGGACCCGGAAGAGCCGCUCUGAGGAUUCGAGCUGGGUAGUCCCGGAAUCUCUUCCGCUCCCCCCUCUCCAGAAUCCGUUGCCGGUAAAAGGGUCCGCGGUGUGGGAUGAACCCUAGGCCGCGGUCCACCGGAGGUUGAGGUGAGACCCCCCGGCUGCCGGGUGGGGGUGGGUGGGAGGUGUAUCCACUAAAAUUGUUUGCUCUUUGGGUUUGGUUUUUAUUUUUCUUCCUCUAGCUCUGCCUCUGUUAGUAGCUUCCAAAGUGACUCUGUGUGUGUGUGUGUGCGUUCUGUUCUCUGUUGUAAAUAAAGAUGGAACCAGACAA